AUGCCGUUAACAAGUUUAUCUGACGUUGUUCCAGAUCGAACCAAUGUUUUACAUUCAACGGACAAACUUGGUCUUGAUGGUCAACGAGGUUUAUAUCAUUCAAUGGCGAUAAUAAUCCUUAUUGUGUGGUAUAUUUCAUCGGCGGCAACAUUAUUUUCAAAUAAAUAUAUAUUAAGUCAUUUGGAUGGUGACACUUUUUCAUUAGGCACAAUUCAACUUGUUAUUUCCAUAAUUAGUGGUUAUAUACAUUUACUAUUUGUAAAUAAAUUUCGUAAUCCAUUAAAUAGAAAUUCAAUGGUGAUGAAAAAUGUAUACCGUGAUAUGAUAUUAAUCGGCGCAUUUCGUUCUGUGACUAUUGUUUUAGGUUUAAUUGCUCUGAAAUAUAUAGCUGUAUCAUUUGUAGCAACAAUAAAAUCUUCUUCUCCGUUAUUUACCGUUAUUAUUAGUCGAAUUAUACUUGGAGAAAGAACAACUCAUUGGACUAAAUUUUCAAUGAUACCAAUCACACUUGGCUUAUGUUUAUGUAGCUCAUUUGAAUUAAGCUUUAAUUUAAGUGGAUUUUUGUGUGCAUUAGGGACAAAUAUAUUUGAUUGUUUACAAAAUGUUUAUUCUAAAUUGUUAAUAAGUGGUGAACAUUAUCGUUAUACAGCUAUCGAAUUACAAUUUUGGGCUAGUCUUUUAGCAUGUAUUUUUCAAUUACCUUUACUUAUUUAUUAUGUUGAUAUUCCGUUAGCAUUAACAUUAACUUCGAAAACAUUAGCUCUUUUAUAUAUUUUCAAUGGAUUUUGUUAUCAUAUACAAGCCGUCGCUGCUUUUGCUAUCAUGGCUUACAUAUCGCCAAUAACACACAGUGUUGCGAAUACUAUAAAGCGUGCAUUAAUGAUAUGGAUAUCAAUUAUUAUAUUUCAUAAUCCGGUGACAUUUUUAAGUGGUGCAGGAACAUUUAUUGUUAUGCUUGGUGUGAUUCUAUACAAUGAAGGAAGAGAUGUAGAGAAAAAACCUAGAAUCGUAAAUAUUGAUAGUCCGACAAUGAUUACAUGGCGACAUGUUUAA